AAUAGCGUUAAAACUCUAUAAAAAGUUAUCCAUCGCGAGCAGCGAAUCAUGUGCUUUCUGAUUGAAGAAUGUUUUGAACGCAAAAUUUAUAAUAUUACUCGAAUUCACUUGUGGAAAUGGAGAGUGUACGUGUUAUUCUUAUUUUAUUCCAGUUUACAUGUAUAAUGUGGGAUGUCAAACAUAUAGAAGGUCAAUGUACCGCCGGGCAGACGGCCGGUAAAAACCCUACUGUUGACAAUACAGAAACCGUGUUAACUGGGACAACAUUUCUGCUACAAACCACUGACGAUGACUAUAAAAUCUCCUGCUGUGGUUUCGUGACACAGUGGGAUAUCGAUAUCGCUACCACUGGAACCCUGUAUGCUGAAGUAUGGCGAAACGUUUCAGGAACAUGGACUUUGGUUGGUGUGAACGCAAUAACUGUUGUUGCUGGAGAUAUUAGCACCGUCAAACCAGAACCUAUUGCAGCAGCACAACAAAUAGCUGUCCAGGACGGGGAUUAUAUAGGAUUCAAGUCUUCCGGGAAUACGAUAGUUGCAUAUGAUAAAACAAACAAUGGAGUGGGGAGUAGCUCAGAGGAAGUACAGUUUUCCACAACAUCCGGGCACACAGUAUCUACUACGUCAACGUUUGUUACCUACACCACAGAAACAAACAUCGAGUUUGGACUAAAAGCGACUCUAGGCCCCGGGGCAGUUCCAACAUUUGCUGCUGGCCUGGACACCACCAAGGCGGUCACUAACGACACGACAGUAGGAACCACUCUCCUCACCGUGGUAGCCACAGAUCCUGGGGAUACACUCACCCUCUCACUUCAGUCUGCCACCCCAGCGAAUGCCGCCGUCAGCUUUGACCCCACAACAGGUGUCCUUUCCACUGUUUCGCAACUACCUAUUGGAAACACAGUGUUUGUUUUUAGAGCCACUGACUUGUGUGGUAAUUUUGCCGAUCACACGUUUACUCUCACUGUCACAAACUUUCCUCCAGUGAUAAACAACCUCCCAGCCUCAGUAGAAGUCAGCGAGGAUGUGAGUGUGGAGACACAGCUAAUUGUCCUCGACGUAACUGACGCCUCAUUGGCCGACACGGUCACGUGUACCAUUACCAGUGUCACACCUACUCUGACAGCGUUAUAUCUAAGAUACGCAGUAGGAACAUCGAAUUACGCCAUUAGUUUACGGGCGGGCGCUGGACUGGACUACGAUACCGAGAAAACUUAUACUGUCAACGUAAACUGUACUGACACCAAGGAGACGACUAGCGGGACCUUCACCAUUUAUGUUCUCCGCAACCAGCCACCUGUCAUCACAAACCUGCCAUCAACGGCCAACUCUGUAGACGUAGCAUCCUCGGGGGCCUCCAUUGGUACAACAGUGUUUACUGUGACGUCAACAGAUCAGGAAAACGACCAGCUGUUCUACAACAUGACGUGUACUCCUGUCACGUGUCCAUUUAAGAUCUAUGAUUCCGGAGCCAUUCUGGUGGAUAAAACCCUGGCAGGACUCAAUGACACGGCGUACGACAUGUACAUAUACGUUUAUGAUGGGCAUACUUUGGUUGGACCACGAAGCUUGACCGUUAAAAUCACAGAUGUCAACACCCCGCCGUUGGUGACCAACCUGCCGACAACAGUGUCUGUUCCUGAGAAUACAGCAGCCUCUACCACUAUCUUCACGGUGACCAAAUCUGACAUCAAUUCUCUGGACACCCACACAUGGACGUCCACCAUCUCACCGACCAGUGGACAUCUUUAUUUCACCAUCGACUCCAGCACCGGUGCCAUUAAGACAACGUCUACAAAUAUUGACUUCGAGACAGUAGGAACCACGACAUUCUUGUUGACUGCCUACGUGUCUGAUGGUCAAGCCUCGGUCAGUGGAACCGUCACAAUAUCCAUCACCAACCAAAACGAGGCUCCAGCGUUUCUCCUUUCCACUUACACUAUUACAGGGAAUGAAGGUCUGGCAGGAUCUUCUAUUGGUACUCCACCAUUCUCGGUGAGUGACCCCGAUACAGGGGCUACCCAGACGUACUCUCAAAAUUGCCCACAGAUCACUAUGGAUCCUACAACGAAACUGGUGACAUUAAGCACCGACUAUGAUGUAGACGUUGGGAACCCUACGUCAUUAACGUGCACAGUGACGGUAUCUGAUGGCGAACUGACAGACACGGCUACCCUAAACGUCAACAUCGACAACAUUAACGAUAACACUCCCACAUUUACCGCUAGUUCCUACUCGUUCUAUGCCUUCUCCACAGCUGACGUUGGUACGAUCAUCGCUAGUCUUCCCGCCACGGAUGGGGACAUUGGCACGUUUGGUGAUAUUACUUACACAAUAAACCAAGCAUCAACAGGCGGUAACUACUUUGGAAUUUCUAACACCGGUGAUCUUUUAGUAACCUCCAAUCUGGGGGCAUUCUCGUCAGGAACUACUUUGACGGUCACCAUUACUGCCACAGAUGGUGGUGGUCUCACAGACUCCGCCACAAUAACACUCGUAAUUCCAGCUGCCACAACUACCACCGUGUCCACCACCACUGACCGCUAUAUGACCUUCUUUGAGGACACGCGAAACAUGGCCUGGUUUGUGGCGUGUAUGGCGCUUUUGCUUGGUCUGUUAUCAUUUAUAACGUAUCUCGUUGUCAGGUAUACAGAUUUUCAGAGUAUCAAGAGGUCGUGUGAAAAGAUGUGCCGACGGAAGAGGAAGUGGAAACCCAGUAAAAAACGAAUUGUCUCUAGAGAACCGUCUCCGGUACCAGAUGUUCGAACCCCAUCAACUUUCGAGACGUGGCAGGCAUGGAGAAUAGAGGAUACAUUUAAUCCUAGCUAAACACCGGAGUAAUGGAAGCACAUGUGCAGUAUUCGAUCUUCUUUAAACGAAUUCAUGAAUGUUUGUUGGAUGAACAAAGAAGAUAAAUGGAGAUAAUAAACUUUCUCUGUGCCUGAUUUUCCAAUUCUUUUUCCUUUUGUUUUCUUUAUUUUUGACGUGGCAUUUCAUCAUCAUAAAAGAAAUAGCAUCUAAUUAAGUUAUUAUCAUAGCAUCAUAAUAAUCUUUGAAAUGUACCAACAUCAGGUUAUGUCUAAUGGUCUUUGAUCUCUCAACUUCAAAAUAUGAUUUUGAAAGUUUAUUUUCAUAAGUCAAUACUAUGCAUUUUGGCUUCUUCCUUUAAAACGUACCUCUAACUAUCCAGAUCCAUAUGUCUGUGCAUGCAUAAACCUGCUGACCAUCAGGAAAUCCCGUGUAAUAAAUGUUGUGCAAUGAUGCUAUCAUCUCUCUUUUCAUUCUGACCUUAUCCUGCAAUAUAGAAACAAAUAGUCUUUAUGAUAUGAAGUAUGAUAGUUAUGUGAUCAAAUCCUGUAAAAUUCGAAGUCCUUUUCAGCGGAUUUUAUCACCUACCGCCCCACUUCAUAGCUACAUACAGAUGGUUAAACGUUAUUUAUUAUGUAUGCGAUUGAGACAGCAAUUUUAAAAACUGACACUAAAUAGUCGUUGUACACCAUGACGUGGUGACCUAGAUUGAUUGAUUGUAUUUUUCACUCAUAUGGAGACGUCACCAAGACCGGUGAAGGGCUUCAAAUUUAAGCUUUUGCUUGGCGCUUACGGUCAUUGAGCAGUGAGGGUUCUUUAUCGUGUCACACCUACUGUGACACUGUGAUCACUUGACUUCCGUUUUAUCGCAAUUCACCUUUGAAUUAGAACGCUUUGGCCGAUAUAGCAUUGCGUUGUGUGACGACACAAUUGAAUCUGUUUGUAAUACAAUUGCGAAAUGCAACAGAAACUCUCAUUGGUUCAUAUGUAUAAGUCCGCCCAAAUUCCCUUAUAAGGGAGUAGUCAGCAUUUGAAAACAUGACGGCCAGAUGUUAGAUUGGGAA